CCAGAUGAAGUCCCCUGACUUGGACCCGGAUUUGUUUACAGAAAGUUACUGCAAGGUGUGCAGUGCUCAGCUGAUCUCUGAAUCUCAGCGUGUGGCUCAUUAUGAGAGUCGAAAACAUGCAAGCAAAGUCCGACUUUAUUACAUGCUCCACCCUAUAGAUGGUGGGUGUCCAGCCAAGAAGCUGCGAUCAGAAAAUGGAAGUGAUGAUGACAUGGUGGAUAAGAACAAGUGUUGUACCCUCUGUAACAUGUCUUUUACAUCAGCGGUGGUGGCUGACUCACACUAUCAAGGGAAAAUCCAUGCCAAAAGGUUAAAACUGUUGCUAGGAGAACAAACCCCAGUAAAGGCCACAGGGAAUGCUGGCAAAGAGCAGAGAGUGGAGCACAGUGAAGGCACCCAGCUUGAAGAACUACGGGAAACCCCCUUGAGUCCACUCAAGCCUCCCCACUCGGCCAGUGCCCCAGGAGUGGCCAUGUCUUCACCCCAUCGUCGAAGAGAUUCAGACAGAUACUGUCAGCUCUGCGCAGCCUGGUUCAAUAACCCUCUGAUGGCCCAGCAACAUUAUGAAGGCAAAAAACACAAAAAGAAUGCUGCCCGGGUGGAUUUGUUAGAACAACUGGGGAAGACGCUGGACCUGGGGGAGUUGAGAGGUCUGAGGCGCAGUUACACGUGUAGCAUCUGCCAUGUCACCCUCAACUCCAUAGAACAGUAUCACGCCCACCUGAAAGGCUCGAAACACCAGACCAAGUAUGUACUUUCCCCUCUUCAGUUCUUUUUUUUUGGAUGA